AUGAACUCUCCUCUCGCACGCUAUGCAAUAGCUGGUCUUGGGGAUGCUACAGCCCGCCUUUGUGCUGACCAACGCCUGAAGCUUGCUCCAACAAAGGCAGUGUUCAUUUCUUCUUUGGAAUGUUCGGACGGAUUGUCUGCCCUCUUGUUGGCUCUUCUUUCCAGUGGUUCAGCCUCGUUGCAUAUCGUUUCCAGUGACCAGCUUGAUGUGGAAGCACUCGCAGGUAUCAUGCUCGGAAAGAAUCGACAUUUGAAUAUUCAAACAUGCCACGUACCCAAAGAACGACAAUGGUGGAAGGUGUACUCGGACAUGUACAUCCAAGUCCACGCCAGGGGUACAUUAGAUCCAGGGAAGAUUGUAUACCUCUACACACUCCGUUGCUUCAAGGCAGCUAAUUUUGCUAGUCAUGAUAGCGAGAGUUUCAGUGGUUGUGAUGCAGAUUGUGAGAGUGAGAGCGAAAGCGAUGAGGGCAGUGACGGUGAUAGAAGCACGUCCAAAACUCCCAGAGAGUACACGUUUGCUGUCUUUCCUCCUGGCGUUGACAACAUCCAAGGGGAAGUUGAAGAUAUGAGAGACAGCCAAUUACCACUGUUGGAUUCUGGUGUGCGGACGAGGGUUGAUCACAUUGUUGCAUUGGAACCAAAGCAAAAUCAUGAAACAGCUACUUUGCUUGCUCAAGAGAAUAUCGCUGUUUUCUUGACGCUACCAUCCACCACUUUGGAUAAUGGAUUGCUUAUUCGGUCGCAGCAGUUACAUCAUCACUUUUCAAGUCAGAUGCCGUCAAACUUUCCUCCGGUAAUAGAGUCUGGUGGAGAAAUGAUGGAACCCGAGAAAAUGCCAUUUUCAAUGACUCUGGAUUGCAAUCGCCAUAUCUUGAAGUCGUGUACUUCCAUUCUCUUUGAGAAAGAGACAGAAGAGAACGGUAAUACCAAGUUCAUUGUCUUGGAUCGUCGACUCGAUAUUUGGAACCGCCAGAUCAGUGACGAAUGGUCGACCACUGUGGCUUCUCUUCGAUCCUUUGUGGCUCAGGAGACGAGUUCAAUCGAGAACUCAGGCAGGUGUAACGAGGAUGAAAACGAAAUUGAAUUAGAUGACGAAGACAGUGAGAAGGAUGAAAACGAAAUCACCUUAGACGAUGACAAAGAUACCGACAAGGUAGACGAAAACGAAAUCGACCUAGAAGAUGAAACGCAAGGCAGCACAAAUGGAAAGUUCAAAGAUACCCAGAAUCAAACAAAUCUGAUUUCCUCCGACCUACCACAGCUAGUAGUCUUGGGUACUGGGUGUGCAUCGCCCUCUGCCAUUCGAGGGGCUGCUGGGUAUGCACUUGUAGUACCUCGUACAAUCGGCGAAGAAAACUCACAACCAGAUAUUUUCUUGUUGGACUGCGGAGAAGGAGUACCAACGGUGCUCAACCGUACGUGCAGUGACCUGGAUUGGAGAAGGAACCUGCGAGGUAUCUGGAUAUCUCAUGCGCAUCUAGACCACUAUGGAGGUCUGCCAAGUCUUGUUCGCGCCAUUUUCUCUGCAAACACUGAAGAGAUUUCUCAUGAUCGCAUCAGCGAUGAUGCAAAGCGACGUCGACUUGUAACAAGACAAAAUAUUCCCUGGGUCAUGGCACCUCCCAAGGUAUUGCAAUACUUGGAUGUCCUGUUGGGUUGCAAGUAUGGAAAGCAGACUUUGAAUGUAUGUCACAAGCAACUAUUUGUACCACUAUUGCAUCUUGGCCCAUCUCCACCACCAGGACCUUGGUCCUACUUUCAGAAUAUCAAGGUGUAUCACAAUUGCUGUCCCUCCUACGGACUGUUGUUGCGAUUGCAAGUCUCGGCUUCUUGGUUGUGCUUUUCGGGUGACACUCGACCAUGCUCCUCCCUGAUCUCUACUUGUCACCGACAGAUCCCUCUCCACGAAGAGCUCUUGUUGAUUCACGAAGCUACCUUUGAGGAUACGGAUCAAGAUCAGGCUCAAAAGAAGAAACACUCCACCGUUUCGGAAGCCAUUUCUGUUGCUUCCCAGAUCGAAGCGUCCCGAGUCUUGCUGACUCACUUCUCCCAACGUUAUCUCAGUAUCUCGAAAGGGCAUACGGAUAAUAAUCAGGGAUCAAUCACAGACAAGAGAGGCAAAGCAGUUCCUGUUGGGUUUGCAAUGGAUGGAUUCCGAUUUAACUUCUAA